AUGAUUGAAUCUCAGAAAUUGGUGACUCAUCCAAAGGGUUUCCCCACUCCCACUGCUCAAAUUUUGUUCAGUUUGAAGGUGGAUUUCAAGACAUUCUAUAAUGUUCUUGUACGUUCAUUUUGUCAGACUGCAGACAAAUUUGUUUGCAAUGAGUUUACCACUUGUACAAAUAGUUUCCGGCUCAAAUGCAAAUGUAACAUCAUAUUUACUGCUUCAGCUAUGCAAGCUUUAAUUAAUAUGGUACAACACAAGAUUUCUGAAGUCCAGUCUGCCAGUCUUUCUGUUUUCUCUGUUGAUUCUGCUUGUGAUAAUAGCUUUUUAAUGAAAGAUAUUGCUGAUUUUGCUGACAAUACUGCAUUUAUCAUAGAUGCUCUUAGAGUGGUUUAUUGA